GUCUUAUUCUCUCUCUAGAUAAAGUGAAGGGUAGUGGACAGGAGGUUUAUCGAAAGCCAAAUCUAAGCGCAUUCAAUCCUCCAAUUCUUUUAUUUUGAUAAACUCUGGUGUUUCUUUGUUCUUCUUACUGGAUUUCUUCGGAAUUUAGUGGCAGAUUAGGGAGAUGUUACAUUCUGAUUGCUUAAGAACCCUUAGCAACAAUUCAGUUUUCUUGAAUCCAAGGAUUGCAUGUAUUAGAUGUAGAAAUCACAGCAAAAUUCCAAAUUUCGUUCCUGCAUCAUCAAGCUAUGGUGGUUUUAGUAGUAAGCAGACUAAGAGUCCUUUGAAAUGGGGUUCCUAUGGUGGAUGUAUUCCUUCUAUCCUUGUGGCACUUGAAACUUUUGCGGAUCUUGAUGAUGCUUUUGAGCCAUGGGAAGGGAAUCUUAGCUGUAAGGAGAGGACUAUCAUUCUCAAGGAGCAGACGAAUUGGAGGCGGGCAUUGAGUAUAUUUGAUUGGUUUAAGAACAAAGGUUGUUAUGAGCUGAAUGUGAUUCACUACAAUGUUAUGCUGAAGAUUCUUGGUAGAGCUCAGAGAUGGGAUCAUGUAAGGAAUCUCUGGCGUGAAAUGCAAUUCAAGUGCAUAACCCCAACAAAUUCAACUUAUGGCACACUUAUUGAUGUUUUUAGUAAAGGUGGGUUGAACAAGGAAGCAUUGCUCUGGCUGGGCGAGAUGUACAAGCAAGGGAUGGAGCCGGAUGAGGUCACCAUGGGAAUUGUUGUUCAAACAUAUAAAAAGGCUGGGGAGUUUCAAAAGGCGGAGCAGUUCUUUAAGAAGUGGUCGUCUGACAGAAACGAUGCGACUCAAACUCGAAAUUUUUAUGGGCUGUAUACUUUUAACACAUUGAUUGACACAUAUGGGAAGGCCGGGCAGCUUAAAGAAGCUUCAGAUGCAUUUGCUCAGAUGUUAAAAGAGGGUAUUGUUCCUGACAUUGUUACUUUCAAUACCAUAAUUCAUGUUUCUGGUAAUAAUGGUCAGCUGGAAGAAGUUGAUUCUUUGAUGGAACUGAUGAAAGAAAUCCGUUGUGAUCCUGAUACGAGGACGUAUAAUAUUCUUAUUUCUCUCUAUGCAAAGCAUGAUGACAUUACCACUGCUGCUGGUUACUUUUCAAAGAUGAAAGAGGCUGGUCUGAUUCCUGACAUUGUAAGUUACCGAACACUUUUAUACGCAUUUUCUGUUAGGAAGAUGGUUGGUGAGGCUGAAACUUUAAUCUUUGAGAUGGGAGAACAUGGCCUUAAGUUAGAUGAGUAUACACAUUCAGCUUUGACUAGAAUGUAUGUACAGGCAGGCUUACCAAAGGAAGCAUGGUCUUGGUUUGAGAAAUUUUAUACAAGGAUGAGCUCGGAAGGCUUUUCUGCUAACAUUGAUGCCUUUGGUGAGCAUGGGCACCUCAAUUUAGCAGAGAAAGCUUUCUCUUGUUGCUUGAAGAAACAGAAGUUGUCUACUCUUGUUUGCAAUGUCAUGAUUAAGGCAUAUGGAAUUGGCAAGAAGUAUGAUAAGGCUUGUGAGUUAUUUGAUAGCAUGGAGAACUAUGGUGUUUCACCUGAUAAAUGCUCAUAUAAUUCUCUUAUACAGAUCUUGUCAGAAGCUGAACUGCCUGAGAAAGGUGCAUCCUAUGUCAGGAAGAUGCAAGAAGCAGGCUUGGUAAGUGAUUGCAUUCCAUAUUCUAUGGUGAUGACUAGAUUUGCAAAGCUAGGCAAGUUGGAACAGGCGGAGGACCUAUUUGAUGAAAUGGUGACUCAAGGCAUUGAGCCUGACAUUGUUAUCUACUCUAUCCUAAUAAAUGCGUUUUCAGAUAUUGGAAGUAUUGACGAGGCUUUGAACUAUGUUGAUUCAAUGAAACAUGUUGGUUUUGCCCUGAACUCUAUUAUUUGCAACUCCUUGAUAAAGCUUUAUACUAAGGCUGGAUAUUUGCUAGAAGCUCAGGAAACGUAUAAGCUAGCUAAGUCUUUAGAUGGUGGUCCUGACGUCUACUCUUCAAAUUGUAUGAUUGAUCUUUAUUGUGAAAAUUCUAUGGUCAAAGAGGCAGAAGAAGUCUUCACCUAUCUGAAGCAUAGAGGGGAUGCAAGCGAGUUCUCUUAUGCUAUGAUGCUUUGUUUAUACAAGAAAAUUGGGCUGGUUGAUGAAGCAUAUAUGAUUGCUGAUGAAAUGCAUGAUUCUGGGCUUGUUACUGCCACAUUAAGCUACAACAGUUUGAUCAGGUUGUAUACAUCAGAUGGUAGAUCAUGGGAAGCAAUUAAAUGUUUUCGGCAAAUGGUGGACUCUGGUGCUCAACCAGAUGACAUCACAUUCAAGUUGCUAGCAACCAUUUUGAUCAGGCAUGGAGCUUCAAAGGAAGCUGCCAACAGAUUGGAAUUGAUCAGGAAGAAUGAUGCUCAAAGUGGUGUGCAUCAAUGGAUUGAGGCUGUUAAUGCCAUGUCAUGUUUGGAUGACAACGCUUCCACAUUGGUCAUAAAAUAAUUGGCCAUUUUGGAGUAGAUUCGUCUAUCAUAACUUUGUUCAAUUUGCUUAGGAUUUGUGAAGGAAACAAUAUAUAUUCCAAAGUGCUACUUUGGCUGAAACUGCUGCAACAUCUCACUCUUUUUAGUUGUUUUCAGACCUGUGGAUCACAUGAACUGCAACGUGUCUGAUGCAGAAGUUGUCCCAUACCUACUCAAUGAAUUGGAUGUGAAAAAACCUCACUUUUGUGCCCGUGCCCUGCAUUAAGCAAAAGGGGAUUGGUAAUGGGGACCUUAAUGUUCUGGACAAAAGAUGCAACUAUUAAUCCAGGUGACUUUUAUUCAACUUAUGCAAAAUUUUGUCUGCUACAUGACCUAUCCUUUUUGUUGAUUCUGAAAGCAAUGUCAUAUGUUAUCUGUAACUUAAGCUUCCUGAUAAAACAAAUUGCAGGUGUAAACAAAAUCAAUCAUAGAAAAUUAUAUUUGCCUAUGUACACAUUAA